AUGAUUUUCUAUCUGACAACCUACCUAGUAACUAUGUCACCUCUCUUCCUGAUCCUGUUGCUUCUAGUCUCUACCACUUACCCUUACAUCAUUGACUCUUCGGAGAGUUAUGAAGUUCUAAUGCUAUUCGGGUAUAAGAGAACAUGUGGACGACGCUUGAUGAACAGGAUUAAUAGAGUAUGCGUGAAGGAUAUAGAUCCAGCAGAUAUCGAUCCGAAGAUCAAAUUAUCGGAGCACUGUUGUAUCAAGGGAUGCACAGAUGGAUGGAUCAAGAAGCAUAUUUGCAGUGAGGAAGUUCUGAAUUUUGGAUUUUUUGAAAAUUGAUUGUCUUGAUUAUUUUGUGAAUAAAUGCUCAAUUCUCU